CUCAUGGGGCCGCUGUAAUCGUUCAACUGGGACCGUUACAUCCUUGUGCUCUCAAUUGGUGCUGUACCUGCUGUGUUUUCUUAUUCACACACCUUCCCGCGUCUGGAUGCUUGCCGCGAUUAUAGACGCCCUAGCGAAGGACUUAAACCACAGCAUCUAAUAAGCAUCUGAAUGGCGCGCGCACAACGCAAUAAUGGCGCGACACACAGCUUACAACGACGGAUAUAGAUGUGGUCCCCGGAAUUCCUCUGCACUCUCCGCGCGGGCCCCUCGUGUGGCCGCAUAAAUUUCAUCGAAUCACCAUGGAUCUCAGUGAUUGCUACCUCUUCAAGGCCCUCAUACUGCGGCUGAGUCCGCGAAAGUUUCUUGUAGCUUAUGGCCGUUGUUCCGCGUUCGACCCCACUGUUACCACCCACAGUGCUGACUGUGGCCACCACGUUGACGAAUGACUUGAGCACACUGAACGUGCAACGAACUUGGCACAGAAUCACCUCGACUGACCGCGGCGCAGAUACGCUAGCGACGCAAGGCCCCGAACAUUUCGGCUCCGACGAACAUUCUGGGGCGUUGGCUGGGGAGAAAUGCCGCACUUGUACGGAAAGGAAGAAGCGAUGUCCCCUUGAUUAUGAUGAGCGGGGGUAUUGUAAAGAAUGCGCGAGACUUUCAUUGCAUUGCGUCCAAAACCUUCAGUGGGAAGGGAUGUCUGAUCAAGCGCGGAAUGAGUUUAACUUGAGGAGACGCAAGGACGCGAGGACCGCCCGCAAGGCUCGGUACAAUGCCAGCCUAUCCGCUUCCAUGGCUCAGAGGACUAAGGCGAAACCCGUGGAAUCUAGGGCGUCACACAAGGUCUCGCGAUCAGUGCGGCAGGAUCCCGUGACAUCGAUGAGGGCCGCCCCGCCUACGGGAAGUCAAUUAGGGUCUGAUCCAGCCUCGAUUAAAUCAGGAACACAUUCAAACGUUUUGCAUAUGCCACCACCGUCUUCGAGCUAUCCUAUAGCAUCAGAUAAUACCCUUAUCGAAGAGACUAAUCUUCCCAUCCUUCCGCAGAGUUUUGGGCUGCCGUUGAGCUCCUCAGCGUCCACGAGCAAUCCACCUCUCAGAAGUCAAGAUUCUACUGGGCGUCUCGAUCUGACUGUUCCUCUCGAUUCCCCUGGACCUUCGGGAGGCUCGUUCUGGGAUGGAUUCGGUAUGAACGAAUACCUGAUCCCCCCCGACGAGAUGUUGUCGACACGUCAGUCUCAAGCGACUGGAGUGGAAAGUCUUUUCACAGCUUCGAGCCCCCAUCCUCCGCAGUUUUGGGGCUACAGGUCGGAGAAUUAUCCUGCGUCCAACUGUGCCCAAGGGCACGCGGCUAGCCAUUUCCCUGUCUCACCGGACCCAGGUCCCCCGAUCCUAUCGAUGUCUGCGCUGUGCAACGAUGUUCCUGGAGGUUCCCAAAGAAAUUUGAACCCAUACGAGCAAUUCGCCCAGUUCAAAGAUUACGUCAGAACAUUAUACCCGAAGACUUCCCGUAUCGUUAUCGAAAUCGAGAGUAGCGAGGGCCCAGAGCUUGUGGACCUGAGCGCACUGUUGGACCGUGCGAAUUAUGGAAGUCCUCGUCGGCUCAUUUAGAUGAGCGGCAGUUCACAGGGUCCGCCUAUGGGACCAUGCCCAGGCUGGAAACUCUCACCACAGCCCCGGAGACGGCUUAACACUCUACAGACAAUGUACGUGUAUACCCUUGCUUGGACUUGUUUAAGCGGGAGCGGUUGUCCAUACUCAUCGGUAUGGAAAUCGCCUCGUCCAUUUAGUUGGCAGUAUGGACCUAAGAGUCUGCGGUUCAUACAAAAUAAUCCCAUUUUACGAUCUUC